CUCCCACAGUAUUAAAACUACUUUCCUCUCUCUUCCCCAAAUCCUCUCUUUCUCUCUCUACGUUUCUCUCUCUUCAAGCAAAGGAUCUGCAGCCAGCAACUAUGUCUGAGGCUGCAAAAACUCCACUGGUUACUACAGAUGAGAAGGCAGAUUCUGGUGCGUCAGCUUCGGCGGAGACACCAUCUGCACAGAGAAGAGCAGCAACACCUCCUCCAGUUGGUGGAAUGCCGAAUCCGUUCGAUUUCUCAGCUAUGACUGGACUGCUUAAUGACCCGAGCAUUAAGGAAUUAGCCGAACAGAUAGCAAAAGAUCCUUCGUUUAAUCAGAUGGCAGAACAGCUCCAGAAAACCUUUCAAGGUGGUCCAGUUGAAGAUAGUAUCCCCAACUUUGACACACAACAAUAUUAUUCGACAAUGCAACAAGUUAUGCAAAAUCCUCAGUUCAUGACGAUGGCCGAGAGAUUGGGUAACGCAUUGAUGCAGGAUCCAGCCAUGUCUGGCAUGCUUGAAAAUUUGACGAACCCAGCUAAUAAAGACCAACUUGAAGAACGAAUGACACGUGUCAAAGAAGAUCCGUCUUUGAAGCCUAUUUUGGAUGAGAUUGAGAAUGGUGGUCCUGCUGCUAUGAUGAGGUACUGGAAUGAUAAAGAGGUUCUCCAGAAAUUGGGUGAAGCAAUGGGAUUUUCUGUGGGAGAAAGUGCCGCAUCCGCUGGCGACGGUGCCGAUGAAGACGAAACAGAGGAAGUAAACGAUGAGGAAUCUAUUGUUCACCACUCCGCUAGUGUUGGUGAUGUGGAGGGCUUGAAGAGUGCUUUAGCUGAUGGUGCUGAUAAAGACGAGGAAGAUUCUGAGGGAAGAACCGCAUUGCAUUUUGCAUGUGGAUAUGGCGAGAUUAAGUGUGCCCAAAUUCUUCUAGAAGCUGGUGCCAAAGUAGACACCUUGGAUAAGAACAAGAACACUCCCCUUCACUACGCCGCUGGCUACGGCAGGAAGGACUGUGUCGAGCUUCUAUUGAAGAACGGUGCUGCUGUCACUCUUCAGAACUUGGACGGGAAGACACCAAUUGAGGUCGCGAAGCUAAACAACCAAGACGAGGUGCUAUCCUUGCUCGAGAAGGAUGCAUUUCUGUAAAAUCGUAAUGCGUUUGAAAUUCUUCUACGAGAAAAUUUGUGGCAUACCCCGAAAAUUGAUAUUUAUGGAUUCGUUUAUUUGAUUAAUGGACAAGCGUGGCUUCCAAGAUGGUUUUUAUUUAUAUUUGUAAAAAAAAAAGAACGUGGUUUUCGUCGAGAUCUGACCUUAAAUAAACGCUCCUUAGGUUUUUAGGUGGUGAGAUUUGUAGAAGCUGCGUUUGUGGUGUGCUAUGAUUUUUUUUCUAGUUAAGGGGUUGUUUGGCAGCAGCAUUGUUUGCAGUUUAAAAUUACUUUCUCAACCAUUUUUUUUUAUUUCAAAUAUUUUUUGCUUCA